CACAGAAUUUCUUUUCCGUAGGAUGGUACUAUUGAAUGUUAUGAAUGAAUAUUUUGUUUUACUUUACUAAAUGGCUUGCCAAACGUGGACCGCCUUUAGGCCGUUGGGGCUAUGAGAUUGAUUGCUUACUUUUGCUCUUAGUAUUCAUUUAUUUGUGAAGGUUGGAGAGUAUCGUAGGGAUUAUUGAAUUAAAGCCCGCAACGAAGUCCAACUAAAAUGUACAAUCCUGGGUCUCCUUAUAUCCCGGAGACAAAUUACUCCAGGGAUUCGAUGAACAGUCCAAACUUGAUUGGGUUUUCUCAGCCAAGUUCACUGACAGAUCAGCAAUUAAAUAGCAGUCGUCACAGUAAUUUACAAGAUCCUCAGAUUAGUCAAAAACCAGUAUCUGGUACAGGAAAUUCUUUUCAGUAUCCACUUCAUUCUGUCACCAGUGAUGCUAGGGAAGGAUUUUAUCCAACUGAGUCCUUUCAGAACCAAACACCUAUACCUGAGUCUUUCAAUCACACUGCAGUAAACCAAUACUAUCAAGUAAAGAGCACAAUUUCGCAGUCUAUUUCAACAACUCAGAAUGCUGCCAGUUUCAAUGGCUUGCCGCCUACAAUGAAUGUUACAAAUUCAAUGCACAAACCUCCUUUGGGAUUAUCAGAAGAUAACCACCAGUCACAGCAUUCAAAUGCAAAGUCACAUCUACAAUCUCCACUGCAACCUCCAAACACGUCAUCCACUUCACUUCCACAACAAAACGAUUUGUAUGCAUCUGGCAACACCAAUGUGUAUUCUAAUCCUCCUCAUGUAUUUGGUCAGUAUAAUUCGUCGUUAAACGCUCCUAUGCAGUCUCGUGGUACAAGCGACUAUGACAAGGUUCCACAAAGUGGUCAUACAUCUGCACGAGAAUACACAAGUACUUCUCAACAGUCACCUUCCUUAGUGACUUCGAAUGACUAUCAUGCACCAAGUUUGCCGAGUACGCAAGCGCCUAUCCAGUUUUACAACAGCCAGCAAAAUCCUGCUGCAGUGUUGCCUCCACAUCCUAGAACAUUUGCAUCUGGUCAAGAUGCACCGCCUCCUACAAGAGCUCAUAACUUGGGAUCUGUGAACAUGGAUCCAUCUGUUAGGUCACCAAAUUUAUACCCACCGCCUCCUAUGCAUGAGGUGCAUCCUCCCCUGAAUCCCAUUGGAUCAACCGGAAUACCUCCACCAUUGCCUUCAGUUCCAAUGCCAAAUAUGAGUACAAAUUACCAAACUUAUCCUCAACAAAUGCGUUCUGGUGCAGACAAUAUUCGUCAGCCUAAUAUUCCUCGACAUCCAGGUUAUGAUCAGAAUACUGUUUUUCGAACACCUGGAACUGCGGCAAGUAUUUCUGAUUGGAAUAACUUGAAGACACCAAUCAAUCUUCUUCAAGAGCGUUGUUUGUUACCAUCAGAUGGACCUGAUUUACCACCUAAACCCAUGUUGACUACACCAAUCAAUUGUGAUUCGGAUAUAAUGCGAUGUACUCUGACAAAUGUACCGUCGAAUUCAAAACUGUUAACGCGUUGUCGUUUACCUCUUGGCCUUGUUAUGCAUCCUUUCCGUGAUUUAACCAAUUUACAUACAAUUCAUACAACAACUAUAGUACGUUGUCGAUCAUGUCGAACUUAUAUUAAUCCAUUUGUGCAAUUUAUGGAUUCUGGUCGUCGUUGGAGGUGUCCUGUAUGCUUUUUGUCAAACACCGUUCCAGAUGACUUUUACUACGAUCCUGGAACACAAACCUAUGGAGAUCCUUCGAGAAGACCAGAGAUUCGUUCAGCUACUGUAGAGUUUAUUGCCCCGUCUGAAUAUAUGGUUAGACCACCCCAGCCAGCUACUUAUCUUUUUUGCUUUGAUGUUAGUCACAAUGCAAUUGCUACAGGUUAUUUACAACUUGCCUGUCAACGUUUGGAAGCGUUGAUUAGUCGGAUUCCAGGUGAUUCAAGGCGUCAGGUAGCCUUCAUGACUUUUAAUUCCAGUGUGCAUUAUUACAAACUAAGCGGUGAAACUAUGCGAAUGUUAAUUUGUCCCGAUUUAGAGGAUAUAUUUCUACCGGAUAAUGAAGGUUUACUUAACCGAAUCGACGAUUGUACUGAUGUGUUACGCGAAUUCCUUUUGCAUUUACAUGAGAAUUUUAUUGGAACAAAUGAUACAGGAAAUUGUCUUGGAUCUGCUCUUCAGGCUGCACAGAAGUUAAUCGGUUCAACAGGCGGUCGAAUUACUGUUUUUAAUACAUGCCUUCCUAACAUUGGUGUAGGCGCUCUCAGUUUACGCGAAGAACCAAGUGAUCGUUGUUCAGUGGAGAUAAAACACUUGAAUUUAUCAACUGACUUCUAUAAAACUUUCGCUUUGGAUUGUGCUCAUCAACAGGUGGCCGUUGAUAUGUUUAUCUUUAAUUCUCAAUACUGUGAUAUCGCAACAAUAUCUGGAGCUAGUCGUUUUUCAAGUGGUACUAUUCAUCAUUAUCCAGACUUCUGUUAUUCACCACAAAUUCAUGAUGCACUGCUUGACAAUGUACAAUCAAACAGUACUACACAAACUACCAAUGCGACAUCAAAUAACUACAAUAAAUGUCAAUUUUCUGAAUGUGUUGAAGUGGAACGAUUCCGUCGGGAUUUCGAUCGGUAUUUGGUUAGGAAAAUCGGUUUUGAAGCUGUUAUGCGCAUUCGGUGCACUCAAGGAUUAAGUAUUCAGACUUUUCAUGGCUCUUGCUUUGUGCGUUCUACUGAUCUGAUGUCAUUGCCCAAUGUGAGUCCUGAUUCUGGCUACGCUGUCCAGUUAGAUUUAUCCGAAAGCUUAGAAAGAUGUGGCACAGUAUGCUGUCAGGCUGCUGUUUUGUAUACUUCAUCCAAAGGUGAUCGGCGUAUUCGUGUGCACACUUUAUGCCUACCAGUUGUACAUACUCCAACUGAAGUGUUUCAAGGAGCAGAUCAAGGUGCUAUAGCUUGCCUUCUAAGCAAAAUGGCUGUUGAUCGUACAAUCACAUCAGGUCUAUCGAAUGCUAGAGAAGCUUUAGCCAAUGCUGUUGCUGAUGCCCUUUCAGCCUACAUAACAAGUUGUAGUAUUUCACCGAAUUGUAGUUCAACAACCUAUGGUCUACCAUGUCCACCGAAUUUACGAUUACUUCCAUUGUAUAUUUGUGGUCUGCUUCGUUUUAAAGCUUUUAGAGUUGGAGUAGUCACACGCUUAGAUGAUAGAUCAGCAGCACUGGAGCGUAUUAAAUCUGCACCGCCUAAUGAUCUAAUCACUUUAAUGUAUCCAAAAUUGUAUGCUGUUCAUCGUUUCGUCUCGAAACCUUUGUCUUCUCAUGCUACUCUUGUACAAAAAGCAGCUAGUCUUCGUUUAGCUGAUCAUGGUGAUGAAGAGCGUCCUUCGGAUUGUGAUGGAACAUCUUCUUCAGGUGAAAGUGAUGCUAAUGCAGAGGCUGAACAAUUGCCUAACCAGUUACAUUUAUCAGCUCAAAGUAUAUCACGUUCAGGCGUAUAUUUGUUAGAUACUGGUGAACUUUUAUUACUGCUAGUUGGCUAUGGUGAAGAUGUUCCUCCAGGAUCAAAUAAUCCUUCAGAUAUUUUACGUCAACUUCUUGGUAUUUCAUCACCAAAUGAACUUCCAGUACAAGGUGGUCCUUUCACAUUGCCAAUUAUGAAUUUACCUUCAGAUAAACAAAAUACGCUUAGUGAAGAUAAUACUUCUAUACCAGUUGGACAUCGUAGGCUAUCCGCAUUAAUUAAUCUUCUUCGUAGACGUCGACCAGUUAACAAUGUUUUAGUUUGUAUGCGUCAUGAUGCACCAACCACACUUCGAUCGUUAUUCUUAUCAUGUAUGAUAGAAGAUAAAACAGAAUCUGCUCCAUCUUAUCAAGAAUUUCUUCAAAUGAUUCAAAAUUUACUCAGGAGUUAAAAAUUUUUAGCCUGUAGUUAAUUAGUGUCUACUACCUCCUGGUCUCUUUGAAGUGUUGGUGUAUAAAAGAGAGAAAAAAUAGUGUGGAAGACAAUUGAGGUGUGUGCGCGCGUAAAAGUGUGGUGUUGUUCAAUCUGGUCAUUGAGAGUGCCUUUCAUUGAAUGACUCGAUUGUCAGUUAAUUUGACUUCUGUGUACACUUUAUUCUACGUGUAGCUAUCAUUAUUUCAAGCAACACAUAUUUAGAGUAAAAUUGGCGGCGGCGGCGGCUGGUGAAAGCGGGGGUGGGUGGG